UUACCAAUUCAGAUCCCUUCUUAUUUUUUGGUAUAUGAAUCUAUGAGUCUUGUGUGGCCAUUGUCAUCUUAUGAACCAUGCUGAUAAUUCUUUCUAGACAUACUAACUUUCAAGAUUAUCUUUUCCUCCUAAGAUGUGUUGUGCUUCCCAAUUUCAAAGUCAUCUUUUUCUCUUAAAGUAUGUUGUUCUUCACUUAUAUAUCUUGUGACGACAAUUCUAUGUGUUGGAUGUCUUGCCAUCCAGAUUCACCCUCCAUGUACUGUUCGAAGCUUUAGCAGUUAAAUUCUACAUGUCAAAGAUAUUUAUUGCUUCAUUCUGCGCAUCAUGAAAGGUAUUUGUAAAGAUGAUUGAUAUGGUUGUAUUGAUCUUUCACCAUUACUAGAUAUAGAUAUAUUGGUAUUACGGGAGAGUGUUAAGAUAAUAUCAGUAUGUUUUAUCAUGAGUUUAAACAAUAAAUAGGGAUGCGAUCUUCCUUUCGAGUGCACUUAAGAAUGAGCAGCAGAUUAGCUGCAAAGUAUUUGUCGAGGAGUUGUAAUAAGAUUUUAUUAUGUUUCGAGUUAUUAUGAUUGUUUGAUUGGUGUUUGACUUCCAUCUGAUACUUCUUUCCGAACGUGUAUCUCGACAUGCUGAUACUUCUCUUGCUGCCUUCAUCUUCCUCAGCUGACCCCGGGCAACACUCAACUGUUGGCCUAACGUUCUUUAUUCCCUUGCCUAAUUAACUGGUCAUCCUUUCUUGACCCUGUUGGUUACUCAAUUAUUGUGUCACUGUUGCUUCUUCACUUAUUCUCUGCCCAUCUUUUUGAGCCUUAUCAGGUGCUGCAGAUUACCCGUAUCAGAUGUAGCUACGAACGAGAGAAAGAGUUCAUCGUAUAAUCUUCUUCAUUGGAAGCUUGAAGUUGUACCACUUAGGAUGGCAUGUGUGCAUGUCGAGUGCUUUGGCCAUUACAAGAAGUGGUGCCGCUGCCGCUGCAACUGCUGCGUCCACGUCCACUGCCAUGCCACCCACGCCGCCGCUGACCCUUCCCGAGUCCACGAAUACGACCCCUCGAUUGCCCCGCCCCACAGGGUUCGCCACGUCCUGUUCGGAGCCUCGCUCGGCUCCUCCGCCAUCCCAUGCGUCGGCCUCCCCCUGCAAUACUCCUCCCUCACGCAGCGGGGCUACUACCCCGGCUGGCCGGACCGCGCCAACGAGGACAACUUCUGCGUGAAGACGCAAUUCCAGGGCAACCCGGACCUCCACUUCUUCGGCGUGUUCGACGGCCACGGAGACUUCGACGCCCAGUGCUCCGCGUUCGUCCGUGACAGGCUCACGGACAUCUUGGCCGGUGACCCUCACCUGUGGGAAAACACCACGGAAGCAUACCGCUCGACCUUCGCCGCCACAAACAUGGCGCUCCACGACAGCGAGAUUGACGAUUCCUCGAGCGGCACCACCGCGGUCACAGUUCUCGUUCGGGGGGACAACCUCGUCAUGGCGAACGUGGGGGACUCGCGGGUGGUGGCAGGCGUUUGGGACGGAGAUCGUGUGGUGGCGGAGGACCUGUCGAGCGACCAUAAGCCGCUCCGGGAGGACGAGCGCGAGAGGUUGAGGCAGUACGGGGCGAUGGUGUCGGGGGAGGAGGAUCCCAACGCACGGAGCUGGAGCGACAACGAGGAGACGUACAGACCUGAUCCACCGAGGCUGUGGGUGCGGGACUUCGGAUUGGCUUUAUGGAGGAGCUUCGGAGACUCGGACUUGGAGAGCGUCGGCUUGAUUGCCGUGCCGGAGCUGAAGGUGGUGAAACUAACCGCGAACCAUUCAUUCUUUGACUUCCUCUCAAGUCAAGCCGUGGCCGGAGGGUAA